AUGACAACGCAUCGCCUCAACGCACAUGCACUCAUGCUACUCUUCCAUGCAAUCAGCGUCUUAUCGACCUUCACCAACCUACCUGCCGUCCCCCAGGGUAUUUUCAACGUCAGCACCCGGAUCGAAAUUCAUAGCAACAAGAUCGCCGCCUGGGAGGCUCUCACCGACUUCCCAAGGUACCCAGAAUGGAACCCUUUCGUGCGCGCUUCAGUCAUGGUUUCACCAGGCAACGCUACCCUCCACGACCAGCGUCCCAAGGAAGGCCUUCGCCUCUUCCUGCGCACUCAGAUUCCGGCUCUACCAUCCCCUGUCAACAACACACCCCAGACGUUGAGGCCAACACCCAUUGCCUGGGAGGCUGUCACAGACCUCGAUCUGCAAGCCGAGAGGUGGUCAGCCAUCAGCGACAUUGGUCGCGGAAAGGUCCUUUACGAAAGCAGAGAGGUAUUUCAUGGUGACAUGGCUGAGUCCCUGAAGUCUCUAAUUGGUGAGACUCUGCAGGCCUGUUUCGACGCGCAGGCCCAGGCCUUCAAGGUCUUACUUGAAGACUGUAAUGAGCACUGGGUGUAAACCCCCUUCUCCAGAAACGGAGUCAAACUCCGAUGCCAACGCUGUUACAUACACCCAAGCACGUUCGACCAGUUCGUAUCUUCCGUACUUGCCUUUGGCGAGACUGCGUCGAGUAUAAGUAUCGGUCGAUCAUCGUAUUGAUAGAACGAACUAUUGAACAACUCGAUAAAGUCACCAAUUUGAUUAAACUCUUUCACAAAGCAUACCAUUUUAAAGUUCCCGGAAACAACCUGAUGCUCGUGAGAUGCUCGACCUUUCUGGGACUAGUGGCUCGGCACGGAGACGCCUGUCGGUGAUGGCACUGUCGCAAUCCAGCAGUCACGUCUCGACAUCAGGCGCCUACU